AUGGAUGCAGCAACUGUCACCCGAGCGCUCGGCGAUCAGCGGCACCCGAUGUGGCGCCCUGCAUCAGCGGCAGCAGUGCUGCCAGCGCGCCGACAUUCGUGCAAAUGGGGCUCGCCUCCUGUACGACGCGCCACUCAAGGCUCCAAGGGCGCUGACGAGUCAGAAGAGGAAGCCUUCUGGUUUGUGACUCAGGGCCUGGAGCGGCGCAAGGCGCGCGAGGAGGCUGCGGCGCGCCUGAAACAGCAGCAGCAGCAGCAGCUUGGAGGCAGCAAUCACACAACUGAUGGCAAAAUCAAUGCAGCAGCAGACGCACCCACAACAGCGACAGCAGCAGCAGCAGCGGCGGCAGCAGGCGCCCCACCACCGGCCGCGUCGCCGCGGGAGCCAGCGCCGCCGCAGCGCGAGUGGGCGCGUGCCGCGCGGCGGCAGGCGCUGCAGCUGGCCGCCGGCCUGGCCGCCCUGAUCCUCGCGCCCGCCGUGCUGAGCCCGGGCGGCAUCUCAUCCCCCCGCGUGUGGCUCCUGUUCGCCGCCUAUUUCGCAUUCUUUGCCAGCGGCUCAGUGCGUCGCAUCCUGCGCCACGGCCCGCUCGCCCCCGCCCGCGAAGACGCGCAGCGCCGUGGGCCCGCGCGGGCCGCGUCGCUGCUCGCCUUCAUCGCGGCGAUGCCCGUAAUCCACUGGCUGCCUCUGCGUCGGUUCCUAUCUAUCGCCGCAGCGGCGCCGCUUGACCGCGCGGCGGGGCUCACUCUGUACGAUCUGUUGGGGGCGGCCUGCAUCGCGGCUGCGAUCCGGCUCAACUGGUGGGCGGCGGACGCCCUUGGGUCGGCGUACGAUAGAGUGGUCGCGCCCAAGCAACUGGUGAAGGACGGGCCGUACAAGCUGGUGCAGCACCCCAUAUACGGCUCCUACAUGCUCCUGUUCUGCGGCUACUGCCUGGCCUGCCACUCCGCGCCCUUCGCGCUGCUGGCGGCCUGGAUAUGCGCCGCUUACUACCGGCGCCGCGCGCGGCUGGAGGCCGAGGUGCUGCGGGCGGCGUUUGGGGCCGAAUACGAUGACUAUUGCCUUCGAACCCCCAAGCUGUUUGUGCCUUACGUCGUGUAA